AUGAGGAAUCAUACCUCUGUGACUGAGUUCAUCUUCUUGGGAAUUUCUAAUACGGAAGGGCUGGAGAACGUGUUAUUUGUCUUGUUCCUGGCCUUCUACCUCUUCACCUUGCUGGGCAACCUGAUCAUCUUCCUUACCAUUCUGGCUUCCUCCAACCUCCACAACCCCAUGUAUUUCUUCUUGGGAAAUCUGUCAAUGUUUGACAUAUUUUUCCCAUCUGUGAUUUCCCCCAAAAUGAUGGUCUUCCUGGUGGGGCAAAGCCGCACCAUCUCUUACCAGGGCUGCGCCUCUCAGGUUUUCUUCUACCACACCCUUGGUGGCACCGAGUGUUUCCUCUACACUGUGAUGGCCUAUGACCGCUUUGUGGCCAUUUGCCAUCCUAUGCAAUACAUGAUCAUCAUGAACCACAGGGUUACCUUACUGUGGCCCCAACAAGGUGCACAAUUUUUUUGUGAUAUCCCAGUGGUGCUUCCUCUGGCUUGUGCAGACACCUCUCUAGCACAGAUGGUAAGUUUCACUAAUAUAGGUGUCAUUGCACUCAUGUGCUUUCUCCUUAUCCUUACUUCUUACACUCGUAUUGCUCUUUCCAUAUUGAAAAUCCAUUCCUCAGCAGGCAGGCGCAGAGCCUUCUCCACCUGCAGUGCCCACCUGACCUCUAUCCUCUUCUUCUAUGGGCCCGUGUUUCUUGUCUAUCUCCGUCCAGCUUCCAGCCCCUGGCUAGAUUCUGUUGUGCAGGUGCUAAACAGUAUUGUCACACCAUCCCUCAAUCCUCUGAUUUAUACCUUGAGAAACAAAGAUGUGAAAUUGGCCCUAAGGAAGAUGUUGGUUCAAAUCACCCACACUUCUGGGGCCUAG